UGGGGGGGGGAAAGGGAAAUGAAGGAGUAAGCAAGAUUGUUCCUGCAAACACUGAUUCACCCCUCGCUGAGUACGGCUGGCAGUAGGAGAAGGCAGGCAUGGUUGCAGAUAAACCAGCGGACGAAGCGAGGAGCCAGUGAGGAGGAAAACGACCAGCCCAUCAGCAGCCAUCAUUUAUCUUCUCCAUCUAUAUACGGAAACCGCUGGAUAAUUUAUAAGGCACUCUCCCUUCUCACUGAGUGUGAGAGAGGGAAGAUUAGCUGAGCUCACCACCAUGCGGAGUCCUGCUGCUCUCAGUGCAGCAGCUGCUGCUGCUGUCUGGCUGCUGGCGCUGCUGGGCCCGGGCCUGUCUCUUCCAGCUGAGCAUGACUCCGAGCCAGGCGUCACCCUCUGCGACGACUGCUUCUACAGACAGACGCCUCCUCGGGGAGCGUCGGCCGAGCCGCUGCUGCACCGCCGCUGCCACAGGCUGCCCGGGGGACGGGCGUUCGCCACUCUGUCCAGGCCGACCUGUGACACCGCUGUCUGCUCGGCCUUCCAUCUCAGCCACGGAUGGACGGGGAGGGAGGAAGAGCAGGGGGGAGAGACUGUGACAGAGGAAGGAGACGGGAUCAAAGUCGCAGUUCCAGCUCUUUUUAGAGGAGAAACAGGGGAUCCAUCUGAUCCCGCCACAGACUCCCCUCUUCAUCAGUGGGACUCGACGGUGGCAACGUUCAUCCGCUCCAGCAUCAUUCCAGGGUGUGCCGCUUUAGGAGGGGGCGUCUACGUCCUGACAGGAGCAGGACGACUGGGGGCAGCUGAGGAUGGAGACCAGGAGUGUCAGGCCAGGCCGCUGUGGUCUGCAGCCUGCUGCGCUCCUCCGGAGGGGAAGGGCGGCUUCGGCGUGGGGUUAAUCAAAGAGUCAGAGGAGGUGGAGAGGCAAGUGAGCAUGAAGGAGCUGGAGGAGAUGUUAGGGGUAGCAGAGCUAUUCUCUGAAGGCUGUGGGGGAGAAGACGGGGAGACGGCUGCAGCCAUGGUGGGGCUGCACGGUGACGGGCCUCCUGCGAACGCUGCAAAAACGGAGGCAGACGAAACGGACGUGAAAUCGGAAUCUGUUGACCAACGUGCAGCGGAGGAGGCAACGGAGGGCGGCGACGUGUCGACGGCUGAUGACAGGGUUGCAGCUGGUGCUGCGUCCGAGGGCGGCGAUGCCUCUGACCUGUCGGGGGAAAGCGCAGCAGAGUCUGUCAUUUCUGAGAGCAGCAGCGAGCAGCAGUACAGCGAGGCUGUUGCUGAAGACGACUCCAACUCCACCAGCACUUUGGUCUACAUCCUGUCCACCACCUUGUCCGUCGUGAAAGCCCCUCUGCGCCCCGUGUUCUCCACCAUCACCGAGAUUCCAGCACAGGUGACUCACGUUCUUCAGGAGGAUCUGGGCGUUCUCUCCGCGCUGCCCGGUGACACUUUCACGCUCUUCCAGCUCCUCGCCUCUGACCUCCUCUCCUGGACGGGAACAGCGGGAGAUAUGCUGCUCGGCGUAGGGGAGACCUGCUUCUCCAGCGGUUACUACUGUGCCUCCUCCAUGGCGGAGGCCCUGCUGACCAGCUGCCAGACCGGGUUGACGGGCGUGGGCACCCUGGCCGGGGACACGGUGGGGAUCUUUGGUGGCGCGCUGGAUAAUGGUUGGUGGGUGACUAAGUUCUUUGGCGGGAGGCUGUGGGAGCAGACUGAAGGCUACGUGGGCACCGUGGUGUCGGAGAUGGGGGGUCAAGCUCAGGCUGUGGGUGGCGGACUGGGCAGGCUGGCCUGGAGAGGUGGGAGUGGAGUGGGCAAUGUGUUCAGGAUGGGUGGGAAUUUUAUAAUGGGGAUGUUAGAUGUGGUUCUUGGUGCGGUAAGAGAGGGGUUUGGGCGGGAGUCGGAAUAAAGGAUGAGGGGAUUAGACAAAGCCAUGAAUAAAGUGUCUUCAUUCAGUUUUUUUUUAUUUUCUAUUUUUGUUUUGCACCCGGUGGCUUGAGAAAUCAAACGUUGAUGUCAUUUGAUCUGCCUUAGAGUUUUCAGAUUUUUGUCUUUGUAAAUGUAAAGAGUUUGAAAGGUCGCACACUGUUGCUACAGAUCACUGUGGAAAGCUGUCGGUCCAAAUACGCCGCUGCACCUGAGAGGCCCGACUCACAAAAAACACACACUGUGCACUAAACUUUGGGAUGGAAAUGCUCAACUCAACUCCUGCGUCUGACUUUAGCCCCUGUAAAGCUGAAUAAAGGAGAAUGCUUGAUUACAAUCCUA